AUGGAAACAUCGGCAGUAGCCGGCACUUCGUUCACAAACAUGACGGUACGUGGAAUAAGUUCGGUACAGCACAAAUCCAAAAAGUACGAACUCAAGGUCAAAGCGAACGACAAACUCUUACCCAAAGGGAAAACCGUCUACCAUUGUGACGUGUGCGACCGCGACUUCAACCGUCGAAUCAACUUCUUAAACCACGCCCACAAGCAGCGAUUUCGGCGGAGGGAAUCGGCACAGCAGCACGACACUAACAACGAACCUCAACGUCAGACUUACCAGUGCGAUAUGUGCAAAAAGGUCCUCGUUUCUAAAAACGGUCUGAUCACCCACCACAAGCGCCACCUGAGAAUGUAUUCGCACAAGUGCGAGAUCUGCGAAAAGCCGUUUUACGACUCUCACAGUCUGAGGUUGCACAUCAAUUCGCGACAUACGGGUAAGGACAAGUUCGUGUGCGACUUGUGCGAAACGGUCUAA